GUAUUCAUAUAGAAAAAAAAAACAAUUGACAGUCUUAAAAAAAGGUUAUAAUUUUAAAGACGUGCAGGCUUAUUUGAUUACUUUUUUUCACACAUCAAGUAAUACUUUAACAAUGGUAUUGAGAGUUAUUUAAUUUGAAAGGUUUUUGUAUUAGAAUAAUCAAAAAAAUCAUCAUUUUUUAAAAUAAUAUUUUAUAAGCUAUAUUAUCAUCAAGCAAUGAGAGUAUUACGAAGCGAUAAUGACAAACAGGACAACGUAACUCGAAGAGUCCUACGGAAAAGAAAAAGGUUAUUUGAUCAUGAAUGCGUUGUCUGCAAAACUCGCUCUCGACUACAGAGAUCAAAUCGAAAUAAUCAGCCUUCGUCGGGUCCGAGCCUUGCACGCAAAAGAAGUGAGACUCUGAAGAAAAUUCAAAGAAGAUCCCGACCAAAUUCCGCGUCUAGUUUAGACAGUGUCGUGUUCUUAGGCCAGCACAGAAAAAUUCCACAGCUUAUAGUCCUCGAGGACAGCAGUGGCGACGAGAAACAGGUCGACAGAGUAGUUCCCCGCAGGAGAAAGUUUCGCAAGCUUCGCAGUGCCAAACCUUCGUCGUUCGAGUCGGAUGCAGGAAAGGAAGGACGUUCAAAAGCGUCGCAGACGAAUUAUGCGUACGAAAGAACAUUUUGUAUCCAGCUAGAGGAAAUGCACGUCGGCAUUACGAUGAUGAACGAUGUUUUCAAUUGCACCAGCCUGUGCGAAUAUCCGAACGAAAGUUUUUGAUUUUGAAGGAGGCACAUGUUUUUUUCGUCGAUUUAUUUUUAUUCGUAUGCGAUCUGAAAAUUUCAUAUAGCGUCGUUUUUUGCAAUAAAAUUAAUAAAAAAUUAA